AUGAAUUCCAACAUCAAGGAGGCAAAACCAAGACCCAAAGAAAAGAUGAAGAGGUUUCUAAAUCCUCGCCGUAGAGGGAAGCUAAAAAUGACUGCAGCUCCUUAUAAAUGUCAAGAUUUCAUGCCAAGUUUGCUUAAAGGGAAGUCAAAGAUGAUGGGGGUUCUCCAGAUCCUGAUAGGCCUAAUCAUCACUUCAUUUGGAGCCUUUUUAUUUUCCAAUACCAACAAAAUUGGCCUUUCAAAGUCAAGUAUUCCUCGUUUCUUUAUCACAAGGUAUCCAUUCUGGACAGGAGCAUGUUAUACCAUCACAGGAGUCUUUACCAUUCUUAAUGGUGUGAAAUAUGAAAGUCAGGACCGCGUGAGUCUUUACACGGGUGUUCUCGGCGCCAUGGUCUCUGCAUCGGGAAUCGGUGUCCUCUUCUAUAGCUUAUCCGUUCAUCAGUUUCUUCAAUGUGUUCGCCCUUCUGCUGGCAGUACAUGUAUCAUGAGUGAAAUCCUUCUUCAUGGUAUUCUGUCCAUCUUGCUGAUCCUCACCAUCACCCAAUUCUCCAUCACUGCAAUCACCUUAGCCUUGAAGUGUAAAAGAACAGGAGAAGGCCCUGCAGCUGAGGUGCGCUCAACACCACCAGGAGAACCGAGGCAGACUGCGACAUCCUGGAAGCUGCACCAGUUCCUAGAUAGCUCAGCUUCACAAGGGAUCUUUUCCAGCAUGGCAUAA